AUGGAUGUCGACCAUGCUACGAGCGGCCGCUGGGGAACCAAGACGCUGGAGUCUCGACAUCAAGCAGAGAACGCCGGGACGGCCAACAGCUCACCUUCCCGAUUCUUCUCCAGAUUGCGACCGAGCCAACGGCCCGAGCGAGGCGGCACCGCCCGGCCAACCCCAGCAACAGACGGCGAUGGGGAGCACCGUCCGGCGCAGCCCGUGCCACCGGGGUCUUCGAGCGCAAGCCGCAGACGGAAGACGUCGCCAUCCCCAGCCAGGCAUCCCCCGGGGACGAUCGCAGCAAACCACUGGAGCUCGCCGGCCCCGGCGCCUUCACAAAUACACACCGUCGGCCGCACCCGCUCGCGCGAGCUCUUCCUCGCGAUGCAUCGCGAGCACCGCCGGCAGCGGCGCACGCUGCAGGAGUCGGGCGACUUCCUGGGCGUGACGGGAGCGAACCCGCAGACGGGCGAGUUGGACGUGAUCACGCCGCCGACGGGGUCGGAGGACGCGGUGGCCACGACGACGACCACCACCACCACUACUGCCACCGCCGCCACCACCAAUGCUGCUACUGCGAUUGCGACUACUGCCCGCGUAAGCAAUAGCAAUAAGAAUAGGGCGGCCUAUGUUGGUGCUGCUGGUGGUGCUGCGCCGGGUGUGGGUGUGGGCGCGGGCGUGGGCAUGGGGACGGCUACGGACCGCCUCACCACCGCCGGCGGAAGCCAGUGGGAUUUGGGCGAGUUGGUAGCGAUUCCCGUGGACAUCCGCAGGGUCUCGGGGGAUUGCAAGGUCCGUCAGAUAUGCUGUGGGCGAGUAGUGGAGCUGGACGAUACGGGGAAUCGCGCAGACAGCUUGACCCCCGAGAUGGACAAUCCGGACCUCAAGAGCCCGCCCAGCCGGACAGACAUGGUGUUGCGGGCGAGUCGGCCAGCAAGGAGCGGGGACGGCCCGGACAGCGCGUUCCCAUCUGCCUGCACACGCACCACCACCACUACUGGCUCCGGACGCAGUCCGGCUCGCUACCUCCUCGACGCGCGCCCCUUCGGCGCAACGCUCGACGGGUCAUACGAUGCUCCUCUGAUACGGCGACGCUCGACGGCGACAUCGCUGCGGUGCUCGACCCCAAGGCCCAGCAGCGUCUGUUCGUGGCCAACGGGUUCCCCAGAAAGCAGGCAACUGAGCGGCUGGCUGAGUCUACACAGCCUGGGUCUGGGUCUGAGGAUGCUGAUGUCCCCGACCCCUGCGCAGGAGAAGGGGGAAACAGCCAGGCCCGCCGACGAGCCUAUCCCCCUUUCACCUCCCGUACCCGGAGCAACAGCAGCAGAACGAGCCAGCGAUACUACGUCGUCGUCCAUCAGCCAGGCGCAGACGGGAGUUCACACCGAGGCCGAGGUGGUGAAUCCACCAGUCUCCCAAGGCCCGGUACCGGCGAAGCACCGAGCACAGCAACCAGACUGGGCCAUGCGCAAAACAAUGCGGAGGCAGAGCGACCCGGACUCCAGCCGCAGCCCCAACCAGCGCGACAGCGAAGCCGGCACGCCCAGGUCGUCACCCACGUGCACGCGCACGUCCACAUACCGUAUGAAUCAGUCCGCAGCGGAAGCAGAGGCAGAAGAAGCAGCAAUGGCAGCAGAGUGCAUCGCGCGCGGCGCAGCACGGACGGCGUUCGCGCAGAACCGCGCCCACCACCAGGAGAUACCGUGGGUGAAGGCAAUAACAAUAACGGGGGUGAUGGCAGGGCCGGUAUCGACGCGCAACCCCGGCAGGCAACACAUGGACCGUCAUCCUCACCACGGGCCACGAGCUCCGGGCGCCGCAGCCCAGAAGGGGAGAGGACAGGGGGCGGAGGAAGCGAAGCAGCAGGAGGAGGGACAGGAGGAGAACGGAAAACGAAAGGGACAGAAGAGAAAGGGAAAGGGCGGAGCAGGCAGCGGAGGAGAACUUGAGGUGGACGUGCAACGGUGGACGCGGAUGGCGGUGGUGAUGCUGGAGAGGAUUGUCGCUUCGUACUGGCAGCUGGUGAGCCCCGUGUUCGACGGCCGGUCGGAGCUGAGGAAACGGGUCGACAGAGCGCAGGCGACGCAGGGGGACGUGGUCGUGUGCGUGCUGGCGGCGCUGUUUCUGUUCCUGGUGGUGAGCGCAGUAGCGUGGGCGGUCAGGGGCGUCGUUUGGAUGGUGAAGCUGUGGGGAGAGCUCUGGGAUGUGCUCCGGGCUGUGGCGGGGCUGUGA